AUGGAUGAAAACUUAACCACUAAAAACUACAAUGAAGAAGAUGAAAAUAAUAGUAGAGUAUUCAUAUUUUUCGAAAGACAGUAUGAUAUAGAUAAUGGCAUAAAUAUAAUAUUAAACUUUAAAAAAUUAAAACUAAAUAAUGAACAGAACUUUUUAGAAAUAAUCAAUUUAAAUAAAAACAAUAUAAUAAGAGAUAUUAUAAAAAUUAAAAAAAAGUUAGAAGUGAUCAGCAAUUCAAUAAAUAACCAUAACAAUAAAAAGGAAUUAAAUAUUCAAUGGGAGUUAGAUUUAUCAUUUAACUAUUUUAAAAUAAUUUCAAUUGAUAGUAUUUUGUCCAUUUUAAUUGAACAAAAUAUAAUAAAUGAAAAAGAAAAUAUUUUUUACGUAAAUAAUUUAAAAACACUAAACUUAAGAAAAAAUUGUUUGAAAAAAUUUCCGUAUAUUUGUAAUUAUAAAUUAAAUAAUUUAACGAAUUUAUGCUUAUCUCAUAAUGACAUUAAUGAUAUCACAACAAUAAAUAACGAAAAUAACCUUUUAAAUAAUAACUGUUUAACAGAAAAAAUAAAUUAUGAUAAUAAUAAAGGUGUUUUAAAUGAAAUAAUUCCAAAUUUGAAAAAUAUUUAUUUGCAAAAUAACAAAAUUGAAUCAUUUUCUUUUAUAAAAUAUUUAUUUAAUCACCAUAAAGAAAUUAUAAAUAUAAACAUCAGUUUCAAUAAAAUAAAAUAUCUAUGUCACCUCCCUUUUUUAAAAAGUUUAAAAUAUUUGGAUAUUUCAUUUAACGCUUUAUUAUGUUGCAACAUUGAGGAUACUGAGUAUAAAAACAUAACAAAGGAGCUUGAGAAUUCCUGUAAGAAAGAAAAUAAUGAUCUAUACAAAAAUGACAGCGAUUUUACAUCUUAUCAUUUUUUAUUAACAUUUAAAAAUUAUUUUCCUAAUUUAAAAAAUAUAAAUACAAAAAAUAAUCAUUUAUAUAACUUGAAUACAAUAUAA